AGCGCGUUGUUGACCAAUUGUGAUCAGCCAUUCUUGGCAUCUGAUUUAAUGCUUGUGUGUUACAAUAGCCAUCAUAUUUUACGACCGAAGUGGGUGAACAACCAUGUUUCGUUGUGGAUUGAGACUACCUACAAAAGCGCCGAUUCAGCGGUACAGCUUGAGUGGAGCACUGUCUCUGCGAGUAAAAUCGAACACAGCUGAGGACGUUACAUGGACGUUGCAUAAGAACUAUGCUUUUGACUGCACACAAGUUAGCCGUAGAUGUACCCCACGUCACUUUGAUACUGGGUUUGGAGAGAGCGAACAGCAGUGUUUCCGAGGUUUGGGAUCCAGAUGUUUUUUCAGCACACUCUUAACGCGUAGACAGUUGACUCACAAUGGUCGGAACACGUCUUUGGCUUUGGCUGUCAAAUCAACUAUACAAUACGUGUCGCAUCAUAUGAAGGUUGUCCCUGGUUACCGUACAUGGGUAAAUAGGCCUCAUGGCCGAGAAACAUUUUACAUAAUGAAUGAACUUGAACCUAUUUUGUUUACUUCUGGUGCGAAACUCUGUACCAGGCCAUUCUACACUACGACAGUACAAGCAAUUGCUUCAUCUGCUGCAUCGCAAAAACGCGAGACAGGCGCCGAAGACGCCACAACUACCCCUGUAAAUAUGGAUCAGGUUUCAUCAGAGUCUCCCAGGGCAGUGAUCCAGGAGUCAGACCCAGACAGUCAGAAGCCCAACAAAAUGCAGCAGCUGAAGAAGGUCUUUAAGGAGUAUGGCGCUGUGGGUGUGUCCUUCCAUAUCGGAAUGUCCCUCAUGUCUCUUGGAAUGUUUUAUCUUGCUGUGUCCAGUGGGAUCGACAUGGCUGCAGUGCUGUGUAAGAUGGGCUUCAGUGAGUCUAUAGUUCAGUCUAAGAUGGCGGCUGGCACCAGUACCUUUGUGUUGGCGUACGCCAUUCAUAAGCUCUUUGCUCCGGUUCGGAUAAGCAUCACGCUGGUGUCUGUUCCCCUCAUAGUCCGGUACCUGCGUAAGACUGGACUCUUCAAACCUCCUGCUCCCAGUCCAUAAACGACAUGGUGCUCUGGGUUAGAUUCGACUUACAGAACUCUUGUCAAAAAGCCUGAAGCUGGGACUACAUCUGAGAGUCGAUGUCCAUUCCAGCUGAAACUGUCCUUAAUGUCAUUAUUUACCAACAAGAUUCACCUUGCAAACUGACAUGAGCAGCCUUUCAGUGACAGCUCUUAUGAUUCCAGAUGCUUCUCUUGCCACGGUGUUUUUCUUUAUAUGUCUGUGAGAAAAGAAGACAGUAAAAUUCUUUUUGGGUGUGUGAGAUCUGUAUUUGUUAUUUCGCACUUCUGAAUGUGUGACCAAUCAUUUAAUUAGAGAAACACACCCACACACACAAACACAUACAAGCAUUCAGUGUUUAAGCGGGGGGUGUACGUGUGUGCAUGUGCGUGCACUCGUGUGUAAGGCAUGGAGAGUAUAUCUUCAAAACAAGCAAACAAAGGAACAAAAACACGCUCCAUCAUAGCUCUGUGAUUUCUGUUGGAUUGCAAAAUAUAAGCACACUGAUUCUCACUAUCAUAGUACAGCUUAUUAAUUCAGUCCUAUACUGCCACCAAUGGAGAUCUUUAUGUAUAUUUGGAAUUUUAAUUGAGUUUAAAUUGUAUUUGACAUGAUUUUGAAGUGACUGUUGAAAGUAAAGCUCUUUUAAAUUUGUCAGUCAGUUUGAUGACAGUUCUUCAGUGUGUAUGCCAUAUGCAGUGUGUAUUGGAAAUCCAUUUAUAGGAUUAUGUAAAACUUUGUCUUAGGCUUUAGGGUGACUGCACCAUGUAGUGUAACAUUUAAUAUCAGAAUUACUCAGUGAUCUCAUCACUCUGGGCACCAGAUAUAACAGUGCCUGUAAUGCAUUGUGUCUUUUGACAAAUGCACACACCACAGUGCAGUGUUCAGAUAUCCUUACAUGCUAAAAGUCCAAUAAUAAACUUCAUUAUGAGAGACAUUCUGUGUGACGGAGCCAUUGGUUCCGUGAGCUCAGUAGCUCUUUAGCUCAGUAAACACGGUCAAACAGCAGGUGAAUUAUGGCAUCAUUUUUUUGAUUUUCAUUAAUUGCAUUAAUUCGUGAACACACCUAGUUACACAUGUGAUGUAAAAUUAAAAUGAAUUAAAAUGCAACUUA